GAGUGGUAUCAGGUUUGGAUGAGUGGGCUACAUGUAGGGUCUUUCUCACAGACAUCGAGCACAUCGACUGCUCUCGUCUCCUAUGUGCAUCGUCCACUCAGCGACAAACUUUUUAACAGACAUUUCUCUAUUGAAGCUACCCGUCUGGGUUCCAGUGGAGGACUUUCACUUCCAAGUUAAGAACAGAGUCCUCCAAGCAGCGCCAGAAUGGGCUGUGUAGAGAGCUCGAACCAGUCACCGGCCAAACGAUCCCAGUCCACGGCCAGCCAUGGGGCUCGUCACAACGGCUCCAGGGCCAAGGCUAGCCAGACGAGGCAAGGGGUGCGGCAGAUGAACGCCUUCAUGAAGACAGUGGACAUCGCGACACAAACGGAAGAGACAGCUGGACUUCUGCUGCGGCGACUGAGCAGCAGGAUCAAACAGAGGCACCGGAGGUCCACACGGGGCCAGAACGUUGAGCCCCCUGACCGGUCAUUGCUCUUUGAUCUCAACCGCAGCGUAGCUUUGACUCAUUCCAAAGUGGCCGACUACAUUGACCAGGCUUUGGCGAUGCCGGGGGAGCGGAGGGGACCAGACGCGGGCCAGAGUGUGCCCAAUGGGACCAUCGCAACUAGUGAUCAGGGACCCUUAUCUGACAGGGAUAAGAGCCUUGUGCAAGGAUGCUGGAAAGAGGUCCGGAAAGACCUGGUCGAGUUGGGAGUCGAUUUAUUUGUUAGGCUGCUAGAGGACUAUCCGACUCUGAGGGAUCUCUUCCCUUUUGGCAAACUCAACCUGUCAACGGAGAAGCUGAGACACAACCAGGACCUUCGAGGCCACGGCCAGCGGGUCAUGGAGACCAUCGGCACGGCGGUCGAAGGGCUGGACGAGUGGGAACUGAUCGUCCCCCUCCUAGAGGACCUAGGGGCGAGGCAUAAGGGGUACGGCGCUGCCCCGGAACACUUCGUGCCCCUCGAAGAGGCUUUCAUGUUUUCUAUGAGGAACGGUCUCCCACCCAAAGUGUUUACCUCAGAGGUACAGGGGGCGUGGAAAAACUUUUGGAAGGCGGUUAUCGAAAUAAUGAGCGAGACAAUGAGAACUGGUCGAGGAUUUGUUGAGAACCACGACGAAGGACCAAUAUCCCCGAGAGACAAACGACUGGUGCAAGGAAGCUGGAAAGCUGUCGAGAAAGACUUGGACAACUUGGGUGCAGCCCUCUUUGUCAGGCUUCUUGGGAAAAACCCAGCCAUAAAGUACCUCUUCCCAUUUGGCAAGCUCAACUUAUCCCCGGAAAAUCUGCAGCACAACCCGGACCUCAGAGCUCAUGGCAAGGGGGUCAUGGAGACGAUUGGCACGGCGGUGAACACACUGAAUGAGCUGGAUAAGCUUGUGCCCUUCUUGAAGGACCUGGGAGCGAGACAUAAGGCAUACGGUGCCAAACCCGAACACUUCAAGCCUCUUGCUGAAGCGUUUAUGCUCACCUUGAAGGAUGGUCUCCCGCCGAAGGUCUUCAACUCAGACGUACAGGGAGCUUGGGAGAAUGUCUUACAGGUGGUUGCAGAAGUCAUGAGUUCCACUAUGAGGACCGAUAGUGUCGAGAAUGGUCCUGUGGAUGGUGUCGAAGGUCCAGUUUCAUCGAAAGACAAGCAACUGGUCCAAGAAAGCUGGAAGAUCAUACAGAAAGACUUAGUCAACUUGGGAGCAGUCCUUUUUGCAAGGCUUUUGGAAAAGAAUCCGUCUGUACAGAAACUCUUCACCUUCGGCAAACUUAACCUUCCACCGGAAAAGCUGAGGCAGAACCCAGACUUACGAGCUCAUGGCAAGGGGGUCAUGGAAACAAUUGGAAGCUUGGUUACCAGUCUGGACGACAUUGAUAAAGUUGUACCGAUGCUGGAAGAUCUGGGAUCCAGGCAUAAGAUUUAUGGUGCCAAACCUGAACACUUUCCAGCUGUGGUUGAGGCGUUCAUGUAUUCCAUGAAAAACGGUUUAUCACCCAAGGCUUUUACCUCUGAGGUGCAGGAGGCUUGGAGGAACAUUUUGAAGGUGGUAGAAGCGACGAUGGGCAGCACAAUGAGAAGCGACAAGGAUGGCGUCUCAGAUAAGAAAUUCGUAUCUCAAAGAGACCAGAAGCUUGUCCAAGGAAGUUGGAAGCUCGUUCAAAAGGAUAUUGUCAACUUUGGCGCCGUUAUGUUUGCAAGGCUUCUUGAGAAGAACCCAGGCGUGCAGAAGCUCUUCACCUUCGGCAAGCUCAACCUACCACCGGCCAAACUGCAACAGAACCCGGACCUGCGAGCCCACGGGAAAGGGGUUAUGGAGACGAUUGGCACGGUGGUGACCGGUCUGGAUGACUUGGAGAAGAUUUUUCCUGUCAUUGAGGACCUUGGAGCCCGACACAAGAUGUAUGGGGCGAAACCGGAGCACUUCCCAGCUGUGGUCGAGGCGUUCAUGUAUUCUUUGAAGAACGGUUUGUCGCCUAAGGUGUUCACCUCGGAGGUGCAGGAAGCUUGGAGGAACGUCUUGAAGGUGGUAGAUGUAGUGAUGACCGGAGCUAUGCGUAUGGAUGAGAACGGAAAUGUGGGCGACGGGCCGAUUUCUUCAAGAGAGAAGGAGCUGGUCCAGACCAGCUGGAAGAUCAUGCAGAAGGACUCUGUCAACUUGGGUGCGGCUAUUUUUGCAAGGCUCCUCGAUAAGAACCCAUCUAUUAGGGAGCUCUUUCCCUUCGGAAAGUCCUCUGUACCUCUCCAGAUGCUGAAGCGCAACCCGGACCUGCGAGCCCACGGGAAGGGGGUGAUGGAGACAAUUGGCUCGGUAGUCGCCGGUCUGGAUGACCUAGGCAAGAUUGUGCCCGUAUUGAAGGACCUUGGGGCGCGGCACAAGAUCUACGGCGCCAAACCUGGACACUUCAAGCCAUUAAUGGAAGCCUUCAUGUACUCUGCGAGAAACGGUCUGCCACCCAAGGCGUUUACUUCGGAUGUCCAAGAGGCUUGGGGUAACACUUGGAAGGUGCUAGCUGGUAUCAUGAACACAACUAUGGAAUAAAGUACAUGAUAUAUGACUAACACAUUUUAGGCGGUCACGUGUUGCCACGGUACUUGGUUAUUUAUACCUGGUUAUUUGACGUCAUUUAUUCGACAACUAUAAAAGACUGCAACACUGACCAUUUAUUACGGUGGCGUAAAAACGCCACAACCUUUUUUUUUGACAAAUUGCUAUCUCGCCAGAGAAAUAUCGCCGCGGCUAAAUGAGCACUUGCUGUUUUCAGUGAGAAAAAUCUAGUGUAUAUAGGGUUUGGGGAGAAUCUGCUUCUUAGUUUAACUCCUCAUAGUAAGAUAGUAUUAUUUGAAACACAAAAAAAAACUAAAACAAAGUUGGUUGUGUCCCUUUUAUAUACGAUUUCCGUAUUUUUUUUAUCCAAGUUCAGUUGUGUAAUUCUUUGUGUAAUGUAGGAUUAAAACAAAUAUGUAAAUAAAUGUAGUGUAAGGCUAGUACAUUACACGACCGUUCCAGGAAUAGCUGUCAACUCCAUAUGAUUGAACGAAAUUUUGGCACCAGCUACUCUGACAAAGUCUUACCCGCAAGAUCGGUAAUGAACUCAACCAUGAAACAGCAAGGCAACUUGAAUUGUUUAUCCUGUAUACGUUAGUCCUGACUCAGUGUCCGUCGUAAGAGGUCGCUAUCCUAAUGAAGUCCAGUCGGAGCAAACUAAACGAAACGUCGACGUAACAUUUCAGCAGGUUUCUUUUAAAAUGACUGGGCUGUUUUUGCCGAGCUUUCCACUCAUCCGCAAAUCCGGCCGGACUGACCAAAUGUUAGAGGUGCAGCUGCAGCUACUCUCCAACCUCCCACAGACGUGCGUGUUUCAUCAGGCGCAGCCACUUCAUUUUGGACACAUCCUUAUUUGCCUUCAGUAACCUGUUAUCUAAGAGUUCAGACUUCAACAUAACCAGUCUAAAACAAAUUUGUGAGGAGGUAUGUCAAUUCAGGGCCACCUGCUCGAAGUAGGCGUUAUGGUUUUGUAUCCAAAUUUACAUCUUAGCAUGUUUACAAGAUUUUGAUAAAAAUAAUUUUGUGGAGAAUUGAAAAACAGUAAUAAAGUAGGCCAUCAGCUUUACAUUAUCAGCCUUUUAAAGACUGAAGUUAGUGACUUACCGUGUUCAAGUUUCAAAUUAAUUUUGCCCCUCACAAUUUUCAUUGAAAAGGGAGAAGAGGCUAAAAAAACCCCUGAUUUUUAACCACUAUAGCUUCGCACCAUUGAAGUUUAUACAUGUUCAUCGUAGUCCGCAAUGCAUCUCAAGCGGCUUUAUGACAUUUCUGUUUUCACAAAAAAUUUGUUUCUCAACAGAUUCUGUAGACUAAUACAGAAUUACGACAAAGUCUGUCCCCAAAACUACUUGUUUUAUAUGACCUAAUUGGUUUGGGGAAGUUUUAACUGAGUGUCGGACGAGGUGUGUGAGGGAUCUAAGUAUAAAUUUUGAGGAUUUAAUAUCCAACGUAUACAAUCAAAUUCAGCACGAUAAGAAUAGGAUGCCACUAGAAUUUACAUCAUCAUACAGUAUAGAAAGUAAGAUAAAAAAAUGGUUUUUAAUAGCUAUAAAAGUGAACGAUUCAAUACUUGUUUCGUCUCUGUAAAAAGAUACUGUUUUUUGACGUUUGUAGCCAAUGAUCCUUUUACUUGCACCACCUUUAGAUUUUAGUUCUUGUAUGAAUGUUAAUUUCGUAUUUUUGGUAAUUUCUUUUAACUGCAUGUUAUCUAAUAAGAGAAUUAAUUGUGAAGUCAUUGAGGCUUUAUGACCGUUACUCAAGUACGAUCGUCGCAUUUGUUCAGUUUCAUUGUAGGACUGACUAUAUUUUUUCUUUCUACAGAGUGGUUUGUUUGGAUUUUUUCAUUAAGGAUGAAUUCCACCGAGCCUGAAUUGUGUAGUAACAAUAAACGUUUUCCACACGUUUAUACUCGA